GCAGCACUGCGAGCAUCACCAGUGGACGGGAUACACCCGCUGCAAGCAGAGUGAGGCGACGAGGAAAGGAUGGAAUACACACUGAUGAGGAAGCAGCAGCAACAACAACAACGGGGAAACAUGGAAUAAAAAGAGCAUUUAUAGCGUCUCCUUUGCUCUUCACUUCUGUUUGGAGCAUCCCACAAGCAGAUCACCAGUGAAAACACAUACAUAUGAUAUAUAUAUAAAAUUCCUAUACAUAUAUAUCAAAUUAUGCCUGUUUUCAAAGAAGCUGCAGCCGGACAAAGGACUUAAUUGACAGCAAAAUGUAUGAAAAUUGGGGGAUAAUGUGCAACAUUUGCUUAAAAACUGUUGCAUAUUAAUGCUUUAAGCUUUUUUGUAAUUCAUUCUUUUUUUUUUGUUCUCAGUGGGGAAAAAAGACAAAUUAAAAAAAAAUAUAUAUACAUUGAUGCUAACGGAAAAAUUGAAAAACCUGCCAACUGAAUAGUUGAACCAGCAAGAGCGAAGCUCUUCUGCUGCACGCAGCUCUAUAUUUCCAAAAGGGGGCUUCUUUUGAAAACAGGAUAUUUUUUGAUCUGCCCUCGGUGCCACUCUGCUGUUUGGCUGUCGCAUCUCCACUUGUCUUUGUCAUCCAGCUGGGCUGCGGGAAUAUUUAUUCCAGCAAGGCUCGUGCAAGUGCGCUGGCUGAAAGUGCAAAGGGCAGUCCACGGGCUCUCUGACCUCACAGUGAUAUUUCCUCAGCAACAACAAACAGCCCUACUUAGAGGCUGUGGGCAAACAGUAAGGUAAGUUGUGGAAGAGACAGAAAAAGAGAAAAUUAUAAAAUAGAGAAGAUAGAGCGAGAUCAGAGUGUAAAGAAAGAAAAGAAAAGACUGAGCCAAACACAGGAGCAGACACAGCCAUUAAAGAACAAACCACUCCACUCCUGGUCAAGUAUUUCCGACAGGUUUAUCUUUCUCACGGCUACUCCAGAGUCUCGGCUGCAGCAGCACCAAGACAUUAAGAUCACAACAUCAGCCCUCCCCUUUCUCCCCCCCUCUCUCUCAUCUCUCCUCGCCUAAGCACUUGAAGGGCAGGACUGAGCGGGCUGAUAGACAGAGUACCCAGCUGGUGUCCUGGGUCUGUUAGAGACCCUGGGAUCCACGGAGAGGAGGGGUUUCAGUGGAGCACACACAGAGCAGCAGCAACAGGAGCCCGGUGCCCGCAGAGCACGAAAAACCACUGGACUCUUGUGGGUCGCUUAAAAGAGACUGACACUGACAGUGUGCUAUCACCAGGGGGAUUGGAGCUGUAUGUGUUCACAAAGUGAAUGUGAGAUUACGUGUACGCGAAAACACGCCUCAGGUGCAAGAGGGACGCUUUUGGACUGUAAUCACCACAGGAUUUUAGCUUGACGAGACCCUGGAGUAAUUUCCCCAAAAAAACAGAACAGCUGUUGUUACCUGUUGGCUCUGACUGGAAAUAGAAAGGAACUAUCCAAUACUGUCUUUAGUCAUAAAAGCUGAAUAUUUAACAAUACAAAAACUUCAGUGGAUGAAAGACUGGAGCUGCGCUUCUAGGAGAGGAAGUAAACACCCACCAAAGUGGACUCAGGUGACAGCAAAAAGAUGCCCACUACAAAAAUAAAAAAGCUUUCUGUGAGCGCCGACGGUGAGAGUAAGAGGAUGAUGGAUGCAAGUUAAAUCUCAAGAGGGAGUAGUGGGUGACGAAGACAACUUAAGUGAAAAACUAUUGAUCAGAGUUUUUUUAUUCCCUUUUCUUUCUUUUUAAUGAUAUCGCAACUGAUUUGGCUCCAUUGCCGAGCAUUAGAGUUUUUUCCCCACACCGGAAUAUGAGUCCAUCUUUGGAGUGAAAAGUUGGGAACCCAUGACUGCCUGCAGGUUUCAGAGAUAUCUGCCUUUACAGCUAGCAACAUCAGGACCCCAGACUUCCCACUUUUUGCGGAUUAUUCGUUCACUCUGCGGGGGAGCUUACUGUCAGAAAUGCCAGAGGCGAGUUCAUCCGUAGGUAACGCGGCCUCCUAAACUGGAUUCCCUCCAAGCCACCAGCUUUGGAUUUGUCUACAACCGCCUCUGCUGUCUGCUGAUGACAUAUGGCUUUGUAAAAGGUGCUUUCAGUUGGAACUGUCAUUAACUCUUACACAUCAGGACUAACAUCACAAGAUACUGGAGUAAGACCAAGAUGGCUGCCAUCAUUCAUCCACUCUUGGUGAACUUAUCUUUAGCCGUCCUCCUGGGUUUGAUCUCUCUGGGAGGUCUGAACUUUCAGCCGUCAGGUCAGGCUUUGGCGCAGUUCUCUUCCAACAACCAGACAACAGAACCAUCUACGUCACCAGAAGCAGCGCUAAUAACCCCGACACCAGACACAGAGGAGCAAGCAGGUCCGACUGGGGAUAACCGCUGUUGGGGUUACUAUGAUGUGAUGGGCCAGUGGGACCCACCUUUUAACUGUAACGCAGGUAUCUACCUGUUCUGUUGCGGAUCCUGCUUCUACCGCUUCUGCUGCCAGUUCAAAAUCCACAGUUUGGAUCAGACAUCCUGUUCAAAUUAUGACACACCUGUGUGGGCAAACACGGGACGACCGGUGGCACCUGUUACAGAAGCCCAGGAGGAACCGGACCGGGAUCGGACCCACAUGAUUGUGUAUAUUAUCUGUGGAGUGGUGGCCAUCAUGGUGCUGGUGGGGAUUUUCACCAAACUUGGGCUGGAGAAGAGUCAAGGAGGGCAGACCGACAUGACCAACUCUAGGACUUUGACAGAGCUUCUGAAGCAACCCGGGGAGGGCGGAGCAGUGGAUGGUACUGGUGUUCAUCAUCCUAUAGGCACAAACGGCAUCUCUGCCAGAGCGCUGCGCUCCAACAAUGAUCACAACCAUUUAAACAAUGCAGCUUUAUCUCCUCUGGGUCCAGCCAUGGCUUUGUCUCACCCUCACAACAACCUGGGAAUUGGCUUUAACAAGUAUGCCUCACUCAAGGCUGUGGACACAACUCCAAGAGACUACUACAAGAGCUACCCAAUGGUAGACUACACCCACCGCCAGUCUCCUCCCACCUUCCAGCCUAUCAACUUCCACCCCAAGGACAAGCCCUUCCUCCCACCACCAGAUGUCCAUGCACCUUUAGCCAUUACCAUCAACGCCUCCCAGAUCCCCAAACCUAAGAUCUCCAAGACCAACACUCACCCACUCACCUCCAGCUCAGCCUUCAAAGCAUGGGACCCAAGUAAGAGCCACAUUCAGCACCCGGCAGCCUCCCACAUGGGCCUUGGCGGGCAACAGCAUCACCCUAUCCAACAGCAGCAGCACCAGACACUGCACCAACAGAACAGCAGGCGCCAGGCCUACUCCAACAAGAGGCAGUUCAGCAUUGAAACGCUGCCCGAGCUCUUCUCGCAGCCGCUGGGCUACGGCCAUUCGCCGCAUAUGCACCCCAAGCACAAGGGACUGGCCACUAACAGCAAAACAGAGGUCACUGUGUGAACAUGGGGCAGGAUUGAUGAACAGACAGAAGACAAAAAUGGAGCAGUUGAGGGGAAAUGUUCUAAUAUCUUUUAUAUCCUCAGUUAUAAUGGUGUGCUGGAGCAAGCAAAUAUCGUAUCUGGAAUUUUUUUAACUCUGCAUUUUCCUUGUCAUUGUUACCAAGAAUAACAAUAAUGUGAGUGAUAUUUGUGUACUUUUAUGACCACUAAAGCAAAACAGAUAAGUUGCAGAUAAGCUGUGAAGGUGGUGGAUUAGUGGAUUAUUUGCUUUGACUCUUUGAACCCAGCAGCGUCUCUAAAUAAUUGAGUGGCAGUUGGCACAGCUCUCUCCUCCGUCUCCUCUCAAGCCCCUUGUACCUCGGUGACAUUUUGCUCAGGUGCCGAGUGCCCUUCCACUAUGUACAAAUGUUCAAAUUCAACUCAUACACGCUUUACCCCUCAAACUGGCCCAGACUCUAACACUGACAGGAGAGGAGGGUAGAGGCGUGUGUCCCCCAAGACUCUAGCUUCCCAUCAGUAGACACAAUGCCAUUGUGUUGUCACCACUCAUUGCCCUCCAGCCCUCCAAAGAAUGAGAUAUCAGCCUCGCAAUUCAUACUAGAGUGGAGGGCAGGAUAGUGUGGGAGGGAUUCAUCUCAUUCCAGGCGCAAGUGAGAUGAGAAAGAUAAGAAUAAAUGAGGAAUGCAUACACAUGUACAUACUACACACUUGUCAAAAAUUAUACAAGGUUCCCAGCAGUGUCAAGGGACCACAGAAAACCCCACCUCCAUCCGAAAAACUGGGCAAAUGAACAAGCUGGCCCUUUAGUUAUUUGUGGCAGCAUGUUGAACAGCAAAUUUCAGUCACAGUCUCUUGUGACGUGGUGGAUAUUUUUACCUCUACAUGAAGCCGAGGAUGUGUUACAAUACCUAGAAAAGGGGCAAAGGGAUCAUCCCGAAAUGUCAUUGCAAAGUCAGUGAAUUCUUUCCAUUUCACAAAUGCAUCACAGAAAAGUCAGUUAAUCCUGCACAUUAGUACAGACAUGGAUUUUCUCUGACCCCAGAAUUUCGCUUUGUUAUUUUUGGUGCCAUACAUUUGCAAAGAUACAUUUUCAUAAUUAGACACUAAUGAUUAACAUAAUUCUGGAUGUAGGAAGAGAGUGAUGUGAUGCAUUCAGAAACCUUUUUCCCUGCUGUUUGAUGCAUGGAGAUAUUUCUGCAAAACUAACAUAAUCUGAAAGGCUGAAACCAACUGUACAUAGUACACUGCAGUUUACUUCACUUCCUCUUAACAAAGUGCUCAAACACUAUAAGUUAAUAACUGCUUCCACGUGCAUACACAGCAGCAUAAAUCAGUGGAUUUCUGGGAGAUAACGCUUCAAACUGUUGAAUACUGACAUAAAAAAUUAACCAGGUAUAAAUCGAGAGAUUUAUACCAAGGGCCAAAAGUAGAAAUUAAUACCCAUUGAUAAUACCCAUUGAUAAUCAUAAUAAUACCCAUAAUCAUUAAUACCCAUUGAUAAUCAUACGUGGUAACGUAACAACCCGUAACAACCCGUCGAUGCUCAUUCUACAUUUUAAUAAAUAAAUUAUAUCUUUUUAUCUUAGAAAAAAUCCCUUUUUGUUUCAAUUUGGUUUGCUGUCUCUCUAUGUUUGGUGAACACAGGAGUUCUGCACCAGCUAAUUGUUAAUUUAUCUUAUUUAUAGGUUGUGUCUUCUUAGCUAGCUUGCUAGCCAUGAAUAAUAGCAUUUAAAAAAAUACAUUAAACAAAACAAAUGUUAGUUAUCAGCUUUAUCACGAGUGUAGUUAGCCAUCAACUCUUUUUUCACUUUUAGUUAAUCUUAGAAAAACCUUUUUGAAGAUUUUCACCAAAUUCUUGCAACAAUGUCAGCUAGCAUAAAUUUGGCAUGACCCUUACAGGCACAAUAGCUAAACACAAGGAAAUAAUGGAAAUUUGCCCAUGUUAAAAGUUCCAACCAUAAAAGGCACCUUUUGUACCUUUACCUAAUUGCUAUUCCAGAGGAGUAACUAGAAAUACUGUUUUUUUAAAGUAGAAUUUCUAGAGUAGUUUGCCAAAUAGCAGUUUUUUGAUAGCUUAAGUAUAAAAAAACGCAAUAAUGCUUUCAUCCUUCAAAAUCCCUUACCAUCCCACCACUUAUUUCCAAUUCCUCCUCCUCAAUAUAGACCAAUCCAACAGCCAGUCUGACUCACUGAUUGAAUUCACCUUCAUUUGUUAUCACUGGGACACCAGCUAUUCCGCAGUGCAUAUGCCUGGCUCAUGCUACAGCGCAUCCGGCAGGUGGUGGAACCUCAUCAAACAGCACCGCUUAACAGAGUCGCACAUUAUUUGGCACUUUUUCUCUCUUUCCCUCCCUUUCUGUCUCUCCAUCUAUCUCUCUUCUUUCACUCUGUAUCUCACUUGCUUUCUCUUACUUGUAGUGUCCUAGCAGACUUUCUUCUACUGCCCGACCUCCCUUUGUGCAUCCAUAUCCAGGAAGGGUUGAGCAGUGGGUACGAAGCACUCUCCCUGAUGUUUGGUACCCACUGCUCCAAGCUGUUGUAAACGUGAUAGCCUCACUGGGUCUUCAUAGUGUGUUUGAGCAUGUACAAGGAGAAAACUAUAAUUAAUGACAGAGCCAGUCAAAGCAUGGCAGGCUCCAGAUUCAUCCUCACUACACCACACCGCACAAGCGCUCACACAAAAACGAUUACAUUCAUACGCACAUGCACAAGCUAGCAUCCACAAACACAAGCUGUGGCAUCAAUGACCAAAUGCUUUGCAAUAUAUUAUUCAUAUCUGGAGAUUUGCUGAUGCCAAGCUUAAAGAAGUAAAGUGGAUUUUAUGUAAGACAGAUUUAAAUUUUUAAGAAGAUUUUGUUUGUAUGUUUUACUUGCCAGCAGAAAUGUCAGUCAGCCAAAUUCCCCAAUUUGCAUCUCAAUUUUAUUGGAGCUGUGAAUGUGCACAAGCGAAUAAAAUGAGCAGCAGGGUAAAACUUUAACGAGCAAGAAUCAAGUAGCAGUAUAAUGCUCGCUUGUAAUGCUGCAAUGGCUUCUCCACUUUACCUCUCCAAGAUGUGAAAAACCUGUUAGGCAAGCUGUUGGACUGGUGGUAGGGGAUGGCAUGCUUUUGUAAUAGGGGAUCAGUAGAGAAUGGGGAUCAUGAAUACAAAAGCAUCAAUGGGAUAUGCAUGCUGUGAAUAUGCAUCAAACACAUCUGUGCUUAUGCUUUCGCCAGCACUGCACAGUAUUCAGUGCACCACAGUGCCGCAGCUUCUCUUGCGUGGCUUCACCAUCUCUUUGACUUUUAUUUUCUCGAGGUGCCACAUUUUUUAGUGGGUCACUUCAUAUGAAAAGCUUUCUGGCCUCUAAAAUCCCUACCAAACCGUUCUGUGGGCUCUCUCCCUAAUCAGUCGGAAUGCAUAAGAGGUUGAGAAUAAAUAAGGAAUGACAGCGAGUAAACAAGCAAUAUGCAUCAGUGAAGCAAUAAGCGCUAAACCUCCCUCGCCCUAUCUCUCUCUUUCUGUUUGCCUAUUUGGAAGCCUCCUCAGAGUUUAAGGCUGGGUGCUAAAAAGGGCACGGGUGUCCUUAUUAGCCACGUCAGAGCUGAGUGAAAGAAUGAGCUGUGCAGAGGGCUUGAGACAAAAAAAUGAAGGCGAUGAGAUGAGAAAAGAGAAACGUGGCUGUACGAACACAGCCGAUAUCGCGAUGGUUGUUUUUCAUUCUGACUUGUCUGGGUGGUCUAAAAACAUUCAUUCUGGGUCUUAUCUCUGUGCAUUCAAGCAACCAGCUAUCAAAAACGCUUUGUGACUGUAGCUGGGAGUCGAAUAUGGUGUUUACUCUGAUUUGCACAACAACAAAAUCAGGAACUGGACCUUGUACUCACUGCCUGGCCUCAGAGGGCGUGAAGCUUGUGCUACCCAACAACUCGGAGGUUGAACAGAAUGCCAACACAGGCUCCAGGAUUUGCAAUUAAGGAGCAGAGUUAGUCCUUCAGGACAAGCAAAGCCUGAGGACAGGCUACCAGCAAAGUGAAAGAGACUGGCAACUUGAAAGCUUUGCUCGGAUUUUGUUAGCUGUCAUGUCUCGCGGAGAUGGCUGACAGCGAGCGCUGUGAACGCCUGCUUCUUGAAUUGUUCAUUUUGUGAGAUCCGUAUCACAGCUGCAAUCUUGCUGAUGUACUGGAAAACAAUGGCACCUUUCAGUGUUAAUUUCCCAAUGGACAGCGAAUGGACAGUGAAGGAUGUGUUUUUACAUCAACGAUGGAUGAACCUUAAUGACUCCCUUCAAGCAAAUGACAUACAUGUACCAACAUCCACACACACCUGAAACAAGACACAAGAGCCACAGACGUAUAACGCUACUUAUAUCCUAAACACAAAGUCUCCAACUUUGUGAUAUGAAGCAGGACCAAAAGCCUUGAAUCAGGAGAAACUGAGUACACCUAACUGAUGCUUAAACAUCCAAAACGGUGAGAAUGCUGGGACUGCUUUGGAUCAUCAGCUUAGAGUGAAUUUACUCAAUCUCUCCUGAUUACGACAGACUGUGGCAUUGCUCGCUCGAGUCAGAGCUAACUGACUGUUGUUUGUAAAACUUCCUCUCUAUAAAAGAAUCAUCAAGUAUUCUACGGCAGGUUAUCUGAAUGCAACCUGGUAGACAUACUUGGGCUCCAUGAUCCCGAGCAAUAUAUAGAUUAUGUUGUAUGGUUCGAUUGUUUCUUUGUUUUCUGUCCGUUUUUGUACGGUGUUUUUCAAUGAUUGACCAACGGAAAAAUUUUGAAGAGCUUCCAGAUUUCAUGGCCGCACCCCUUGCCCCCGCCCCUCGCAAUCACCUAGCACAUGCCAUACAAUGUAACGUCAAGCAGAUGAAUUACAUUAUAUGCCAUGUGUUUGAAGCUUGUACGGUAUACAUGCACUCAUAUAUUUAAUGUUAAAUGAUAUUGCAUUGUAUCCAAGUGCUUUGCCAACACAUUCGCUGAAAGUGAAAGGAAGACUCAGCGGUUUCUUGUACAGCUUUUGCAUCUGCAAAAAAAAAAAAAAAGACAAAGACAAAAAAAAAAGUAAUGCGUCGUCUCAUAAUAAUUUGUAAUAGGCAGCAAUAGGCUGCCUUGGAUUGCUAUGUAAUACUUGUGUUUAUAUGUAUCCUAUACCAUUUGUCUGCUGUGAAAUUCGUUGACUACUCAGCUUACAUAAGGGCUUUUUAUAGAUAUAUAAAAGCAGACUGGGCAAUCUGACGUCACUCUGUAACUCAAGACAAAUUUCUCCAGAUUUUUUGUUUUUAUGUUUGUUUUUUUAGGGAUGAAGGGAUAUGAACAGAAUUUUCACGCAUACAAAAUGCUAUAUAAUAAAGUUUUGACUGCCAAACUACAAUGUCUAUAGGCACUCAUACUGCAUUGGCCCAUGUGUCUUGUUUGAAUAAAUCUUUCAAGAAAUAUAGCAUUUGUUAAUCGUA